AUGCCGCGCGACCCUGCUCCUGGUGCUGUUGGUGCUCUGUGGCGGUGCUACUGGGAUGAAUAUGAUGUCGGGCAUCACGCUCGCGACGAUGAUGAGGAGGAGGAGGAUGAAUACAGUGACAGGGUGAACACUCUUAUCAUCGGCACCUCCACUCCGCCCGUUAUGGGAGCCCAAUCCACCGCUACCGCUACGCCCAGUGUUGUUGAGAAUCCUGGUGAUGGGUUUGCAAGACCUCGGGGGUUUCUGGACUUGGAUGAUGAAACAGUGAGUAGGCCUCAGGAAAUGGGCCCUGGGAUAGAAGAGUUGCCAGCGGAUGGUGGCUUGAGACACCCAGGGGCGCAGUUGAAUGGGGAGGCUCCUGUUCGUCCAAAGCAAGGAACCAGAGCUCAGAGGGUCGGAAGCUUGUUGUCAGGGGUCUCUGCAGCAGUACAAGGAGUGGUGAAAGCGUCUUCAGAGGUGAGGUCGCUUGGAUCAAUGGCCGGCGGAGGACCCGGAUCAGCAGGCACAGAGGCUACAGUGAGGACCACCGGAACGGGUUUCGCGACGGCGUCUGAAGGAGAUGGAGGGUUGCUUCGAGAAGCAACCAUUGAUCAGGAUCCCACGGAGCCCCUAUUCUCCGCAGAACAAGCUGAAAGGUUGGAGACGUUGGCCAAGGCUGCCCCUCUGAUAUUUCCGGAGGCGCAGAGUGCGCCAGAGCUGCCGCAUUCAGUGAGUUCUGGGUCCGGGGAUGCUAUCCAACUGGAAGUCCGUCGUCAACUGCAGCAGUUUGUGGUUGUACAGUCUGAGAUGGAGCGUAGGAUAGUAGCCUUGCAAAGAGAGAAUGAGAUGCUUCGUAGGGAGACGUCUGCGGGACCAGGGAUGGACCAGGGAGUACGAGGUUGGCUAGGAGGUAUUAGUAAGAGUCUAAUGGGGCUCGUUCAUGUACCGGCAAAGGCGUCGCACCCCUCGUUUGUCACAGCCAGCGCUGUAACUACUGUGUCGCAAGUAGCAGGAAGUCCUGGGGGUUCUUCUUACAAUAUACCGCAGUACCAGGUGCCGACAGGUGUGCUACUUCAAGGUCAGGCCGCAGGUCAGGUGCCCGCAGGCGUGCCGCAGAUGCAAGGUCAAGCCGCAGGUCAGGUGCCCGCAGGCGUGACACAGAUGCAAGGUCAGGCUGCAGGUCAGGUGCCCGCAGGCGUGCCUCAGAUGCAAGGUCAGGCCGCAGGUCAGGUGCCCGCAGGCGUGACGCAGAUGCAAGGUCAGGCCGCAGGUCAGGUGCCCGCAGGCGUGACGCAGAUGCAAGGUCAGGCCGCAGGUCAGGUGCCCGCAGGCGUGACGCAAAUGCAAGGUCAGGCUGCAGGUCAGGUGCCCGCAGGUGUGCCGCAGAUGCAAGGUCAGGCUGCAGGUCAGACGCCCGCAGGUGUGCACAGUGUAGGUUCAGCCCCAGGACAGGUGCCCACAGGCGUACCGCAAGGCUCAGGUCAGGCUGGAGGUCCACCAACAGCCGGGGUAAUGCCAGGCAACAGUUGUCCUCAGUUGAGUGCGAGUGCGGGGGUGUUUCCUGGGAUAGGUCAGCCUUCAACAAAUGUGCCUACCGUAACGCCUCAGACUCCCUAUGACGCCAUGAUGAGCGGUAUAGUCCAACUCCAAGGUUUGAUGGCUACUCUAGCAGCGAAACCUACGGGAACAGGGUCAGGAGGAGUUCCGGCGCCACCGGAAGUGGUGCGUCCUGGUGUGACGGAGAUCGCCAAACUCCCGAGCGCUACCCCAGAAGCAGCGCUGCAAUUUUCGGAUUGGGUGCACUCUGUCAGACCCAGCAUGUCAGAUCUUUCCGAUACGUCCUCCGUGUGUUGGGAGACUGUGCUCGCAGAGGCACAGAAGUGGUAUGGAUCCGCUUUUGUUCCUGCCACACCGGUUCAAAGGCUGCGACUUCGACUCCCUACGUCGAUUGUCGACUCGGAGCCCCGAUGGUCCAGGGUGCGCCAUCGCAUGGAACAUCUCGUCCUCCAGGCGUGUCCGGAGGCGGUUCGGGAAGAACUCUCCAGUGCACGAAUCUCAGGAUUGUUGCACGUUUUAUGCCGGCUCCACGUAAUAUAUAAGCCGGGCGGGCUUUCAGAAAGGACGGAGGCUUUGCGCCAAGUGCAGUCACCAAAGGCGGCGGACUCGGCGGUGGACGCGGUGUUGAAGUUGCGAACUUGGAGACGCUGGUUGACCAGGCUAGGGGAUCUAGGAGGUUCGAAGCCGGACCCAGCGAUGCAGAUCCAAGCGCUGGAAACCAUAACCGGCGCCGUCCUGAAGUCGAUGAGCACCGUCAACUUCCGUGUCAAUUUGGUGCGCGCGUCACUUCAGCUGGAUACUCAGCCGACCAAUGAGAGGGUCGAGGAGUUCUUCGAGCAUAUCCUUGCGGAGCUCGAAAGUGCUUCGCGAGUGUCAGAAGCGUCCAAGGAAGGCAAGGACCGAGGCCAGGUGAGGCAAGUUGAUGCCAAGGCAGGUCAGACCACAGGUGCAGAUCCAGGCACAGGGCCCAAGACUGGUCAGCCUAAGCCGUCUGUAACCCCCUCCGCUGGAGGAGCUGAUGCACCUAAGAGGUUGUGUAAGUGGUUUCACGAGGGCAAGGGAUGCAGGAAGGGAGCAGACUGCGCGUUUCCUCAUGAGUGGAACUCCAUCCCAAAAGACCAGCGUGCAGACCGUUGCAUGAGGUGCGGCGGUAAGGGUCAUAGGAAGGAUAGUUGCACCGUCCCUUCGGGUUCCCCUAAGUCCCGUCCAGAAGCCUCAGCACCGAAGGCUAGCCCAAAGGACGCAGCUCCACGGAAGAGUGGGGAUCCAGGACUAAAGAAGGUGUUGUCGGAGGCGGCCAGCGUGUUGAAAGAGGCGCUCAGAAGCACUGCCGGCGAUGCCGAUUCUCAAGCCGAAUCUUCCUCUGGACCUACGGGCAAGGCUGCGUCUCCUUCCGGAGAGUCACCUUCAGCAGCGGCGCGAGCGGCCGCGGAUCCUCCUGUUAUGGCUACCGCAGCCAAGAUUGAAGCCCAGCUUCAAGACUUGGAAGCACGUGUGAGGGACGGAGCUCGCAUUCGAGCUGUGGCUACCGAUGAGGUCACUGAAGACCUCGAACCUACAGCACUCCUCGAUUCAGGAGCUACGCACACUGUGCUCGAUCCCACGGCUGUAAGCACAGGUGACCUUGCGCCAUGUAUGGUGUCCCUGGCAGGAGACCAGAAGCAGAUGUGGAAGCAGACCCCUGGAGGGUCUUUGGUUGCACCUCGAAAAGAUGAAGGCGGAGAAACCCAGACGAUCUUGCCCCUGGGUUCGCUCAUCGAGCAGUUGGGCUGCAGCAUCCGAUGGACACGCAAAGGUGGUCUUCAGCUGACUCACCCCAAGUUGGGAAAGUUGAAGACUAGCAUUCGCAGCGGAUGCCCGCAGAUAUGCAAACGUCAGGCCCUUCAGCUGGUGCGUGAGUUAGAGGGUGCACAUGUGGGAGAUCUAGAGGGUCGGCUUCGUCGGAUACAGUCGCGUUUGGCAGCUCAGACUGAGCGAGAGCUCCACUCGAUUCUCGAUGAGUUUGUUGGGGCUGGGACCCAGGUUGCUGCGCAGGCUUUGGCUGAGAGGUUGCCUUUCUUGCAGGCCUUGCCAACUAGAGUCACCGGCAGACUGGCGGUGGGCUUGGAUGGGGUGAAUGGUUGGGAGUUGAUGCAGGCGUUCCCUCUCAAUCGGCGCCAGCGCAAGAAGUUGCACAGCUCCACGUCUUGGGUGUUGAGCUUUUGCAGUGGGAAAGGAGAUCCGCGUUUGAAGGCCCAGUGCCAAGCAGCAGGGUAUGACUUGGUAGAGAUAGACUUGGUCCGCUCUAAGGGUUGGGACCUCACUUCUGAGGGAGUUUGGAAGGCUAUCUCGUGGGCCUCCUACACCGGGCGAGUGGCCGCAGUGCUGGCAGACCCACCUAUGAGGUCCUGGGCCCCCAUGCAAACAGGCGAAGACCAGACAACCCGAGUCCGUACCAGAGAAUACCCAUGGGGUGUAGACGGACUUAAGGAGUCGGUCCGAGCCCGUGUGGACAAUGAUACCCUGCUUGGCAUUCAACCGCUUUGGGCGUGGACCCUUGCUUCGAUCUCCAAGGGAGUCGGAAUUCCUCUGUGCUAUACCUCAGGCGACUCAGGAGGAGAGGAGGUGCAAGCGUGGGAUGAGUUGGUUGUGAAGCCCUUUGCCAUGUGGAGCAACUGCUCUUGCAGAGCCGUGCCAUGGACGCUGGAGGAGCACAAGUGGACCAAGCCGAUGAAGGUUUGUAGUAACCUAGGGCUGAAUAAUGAAGGUUUAGCUCGGUUGGGUACCCAGGCGUCCAAGCCAGAGGUGUGUGUGGCCCGAUGGCCUGAAGGUUUCCGGAGGCAGGUGACAAGGUCCCUUUUCAACCCAGGCGUUGCCCAAGGAAGCACCGAUGAGCCAAGAGUCCGAGUGGUUGAGCAAGGUGAAGGCGUCGCGCAAACAGGGGAAGCCCAGUCAGAUGAUGAGCUUCUCAAGGAGCUGCAGGCCAUCCCGUUGGAAGGCGAUGAGACAGCCCGUGAUGACUCAGGGCCCGCAGCAAGUGCUACAAAGAAUGAAGAUAGCCGAAGCACCGGCCAGGGCAAGCCCGAGGCACUCUCAGGGCCUCAGCGUGAGGAAUGGAGACAGCACGUGCGAGCCCACCACAUCCCGUUUCGAAAGGAUUGCUUGCAGUGUGUCAUGAGUGGAUCGUUGGGGCUGCAGCAUCGUCGCUCCAAGUGCCCUCAUAUGUACGCUUUAAGCUUCGACCUAGCCGGUCCCUUUAAAGAACUAGGGAAGGAUGACCGAGGGGGUAAGUACCGGUAUGCUAUGGUUGCUGGUUUGCGGGUCCCGUGUGAAGCCUUGCCAAUCCAGAAGAAGGGCCGCAGGACGACGAAGUCAGAUCCCGUCGUUGCCGCAGAUGAUUCCGAGGCAAGGCACAGUGGCCCAGCCGAACCUUCAGCUACGCAAAACGGCAAAGGAGCCGCAGACGAGGAGGAGGAAACUAGGUCUGUUGCUAGCCUGUUCGACCCCUCAGAUUACGACCCGGAGGAAUUUCCGGACGAUCCUCAAGAUCACGAGGAGCCUCCUCGUGCCGAGAGCGAGGAGGAGGACCCAUGGGAAGACCGUAGCGGGGUGGCCAAGUUGAGCGAUGAAGAGUUUGACCAAGAGGUUUCGCAGAUGGUUUUCUCGGGGGAUAAUCGGGUACUAAGGUUCGUAGUGCCCAUGAAGGGAAGGAGCGGCGCGCACAUUCUGCCCGCCUUGCAGGAAGUGAUCACAGAAUGUCACCGCUUGGGAUAUCCUGUGAAAGUGGCGCACACCGACCGUGCGCGUGAGGCCGUGUCAAAGGCCACAACGGAUUGGUUGCAGUCGCAGCUGAUUCAGCCGUCCUUCACCCAAGGGGACGAUCCUAAGGCAAAUGGGCUUGCAGAGCGACUGGUAGGCUGGGUGAAGACUAGAGCCCGGUUACACCUUUCGGCUUCGGGUUUAGGCCUAGAGCAUUGGCCCACCGCAAUGGCACUUGCGUGUGCGCAGCAGCGUCAUGAGGUCUUAGGUUUGCCAGGCAGAGUUCACCAGUAUGGGCAGAGAGUGGUGUUCAAGUCAAAGCACCCUACCGGGGAAUCGAAAAAGCCAUUCUUGAGGUGGGAGUACGGAACUUACUUGUGCCCGUGCACCCGGACAGACAAAGGUCAUGUGCUUUUGCGUGAGUCUUCCGGAGGAUACCUCAUAGCAAGGAAUGUGAGGCCUACCGAUGAGUUGGUUGAUCCAGAAAAUGACCUGGGUGAAGCCCCUCCGUUAGAGGCACAGAUUGAGGAGGAGCCCGCGGAGUCUACUCAAGUGGUUCAUAGGAGAGUCACUGGGAAGAAAACCGUAAAGGUAGUCACCCUAGCCUCCGAAAAGCUUGCAACCGAGCUUAUGGAACAGGGAGACUACAGUCACGAUGCCUGCAGUAGGCUGUUGAGCGCAGCGUUUGGCAGCGCGGUCAACCAUUCCCGAAGGUCACACCGGGGAUCGGUUAGCUUUUCGGUGGUGCUGGGAGCUUAUGGGCAUGGAGGGUUACGAGGAGUGACUAAGGCCACCUACGUGCACCCACAGUUGUGCAGGUACAUCAAUGCCUACCUGUCAAAGGGUUCCCAGCCCUUGGACCAUCGACCGUCAUGGUCGGCAGUGACCAUUGUGCAAGCAGAUGAGGUGAAUGUGCACCGGGACUCCAGAAAUGAGCCUGAGUCGAUGAACUACGUGUCGACCGUUGCGGAUAGAACUAUAUGGGUGAGCGAACAAGCAACAGCCUCCGUGCGAGGAGGAGUGCAAGUAGAGACCGGACGACUAGUCAAGGUGAGCGAUGAGAGGGAAGAGCCGGGCAACGACUACCAACUUGGAGUCGGCGUCGUCUCUUUCGACCCUAAGUUUCGCCACGCAUUGACCCCAGCAACCAAUUGGGUUAUAGCUGGGUAUAGUCCCCUGGGAACCCGUAAGCUCGCCAGUGAUGCUGUUGCAGACCUGAAGGAGUUUGGGUUUAAUCUUCCGCAUGAAGGUGAUGUGAACCCCCCAAGGGUGUGUAAGCUAGUAGGCCCGAACCCGCAACGAAUGCCAAUGCCUGCCCAUCGAAGGCAAAGGCGCACUCCCGUGCAAACCAGGUAUCUGAAUGUGAGGUUUGCAAGAAUCCCGCCUGAAGAGUGGAGGGUGUUGUGCGAGCUUGAGGAGGAGCAGUUCGAGCGGAGAAUGGAGCGUUGGACACGAGUGCUCAGUGGGUCCGAUGAAGUGAACAUGAGUCAACUGUCGGCCGCAAUUCCGCGAGGCCUAAUGGUGGGCACAUUGAGGGAUGGACGCCAGUGGGAUGACGAUCCAAUCUUAGAGUACCGUCUGCCCAAUGGGCAAACGGUGCCUCUGGCACGUGUGUUCCAGUACACUGAUGACAACAACAUGUAUGUGGAUGAUUCACCCUUCCCAGACCGACUGAUGAUGUUCGACAUUCUAGACCUCCAAAGGGAUAUUCGAGAGGUGGUUGUCAUUCGGGUUCUGGUAGAAGAAGUGCAUGCCGAACCAGCGGUGGAAAUGGAAAGGGUGAUGCAGGAGCCAGGUCCUAGCCCACCAGAGAUUAUGGCCGUUCAAGGCCCGAGUGCACCAUCUACUCCUCCAGUGACACCAAUGCCACCUGCGGCUGGUGUUCCUCGGCAGCUUCCAGUCCCGUUGCCGAAUCCAACGGCUCUUGUUUCCCGAAUCAGCGGGAACUAUGUAGACAAUCCUCAUCCUCAGGAGGAGUUGUCGGUCCGAAAGGCAGAGGUGGCAACGACCCCCAACUCGGAGCAGCUGUUGGAGACUUUGGUAGAACCACUUAGUGUCACCCACACCGCUUCGCAAGGGGAAGUGAGACAGAACCUCACGCGAUGGCGAGCCGCCAUUCAAAAGGAGCUCGACACUCUCAAGGGAGGAGGAGUUCUCCAGAGCCACGUGGGCGAAGAAGCUCGGAAGCUUCUUUCAAGUGCAGAAGCCACGGUGAUCCCUCUGAAAGGGGUCUUCACAGCAAAGGCCCCGGCAGCGGGGUCGCAAGAUCUGUUCAAAAGAAAAUGCCGCUUGGUGGCAUGUGGCAACCAAGCACCCUACAACGACGCAGAGUCGCUCUAUGCCAGUGGUGCCCCGGCAGAGCUGGUCAGAGCAGCGCUCGUCAGAGCCAGCGGGUUCCAAUGGGGCGCUUUCACUUGUGACAUCCGUUCAGCCUUUACGCUAACACCCAUCCCGCCAGAAGCAGGCAGAAGGUACGUGCUCAGGCCACCGCGAUGGCUUAUUGAGUUGGGUUUAGCACAGGAGGGCGAAUGCUACACGUUGGGAAAAGUGCUGUAUGGAUUCAGAGAGUCGCCGGUGUGGUGGUCUACCUACAGGGACGAGGUUCUUCGCAGCGCUACGUUUGACGGAUGUGAGCUGGUGCAGGGAAGUUCUGACCCCAGCAUCUGGAGAAUCCAAAAAGGGAAUGAGCUGAAGGGCUACUUGAUCACCUAUGUGGAUGAUUUCUUGGUGUUGGGAGAAUCUUCAACGGCACACGCCUUCCACCGGUGGAUACUGGAUACUGCAAAGUGGGAAACAGAUGGACUCUCCGAAGCCCGGGAAGGUUCCCCGGUGAGGUUUCUGGGAAUGCAGUUGGAAAAGUGUGCCGAUGGCGCCUUCACUUUGGAUCAAGAAGCCUACGUGGAUGAGAUCAUACGAGCUCAUGGGCUCGCGCCGUCAAUGAGGUCCAAGAUCACCUGCCCCAAAGAGGUGAUGUUUGGUGAUGAAGAAAGACCCAGCGAUGCGGACGAUCCCGAGGGCGACGCCUUGAGUGAGGAGCAAGCCGUGAAGCUUGCCCAAAGGAUGGCAGGCGAAUGCCUUUGGUUGUCGCAACGGACAAGAGUGGAUAUAGCAUUCACUACUUCGAUGAUGUGUUCAAUGGUGGCAACAGAACCGCGCAAGGCUGUGGCGAUCGGAAAGAGGUUGCUCAUGUACUUGGCACAGACGAAGGAGUACCGGUUGCGACUACACUCCAAGGAUGAUGUUGCAGCUUUACGCAUCUAUACGGAUGCGUCGUUCUCGCCGGAGGGGAAGCAUUCGUAUGGUGGGCACAUCCUGGAAUUCCAGGGUAGCCCGGUGGUCUGGCGAGCAGGAAGGCAGCAGAUCAUAGCGAUGAGCUCGGCAGAAUCAGAGUUGAUCCAAGUCGUGGAGGGAGCGAUCUACGGAGAGUCGUUCAUGGCAUUGCUCAAGGAUCUGGGUGUUACCUGCACCGGAGCCGCAGUAGAAGUCGAUAACACCGCAGCUAUCUCGCUGGUGAAAGGGGGCUGUUCUCAGAGGACACGUCACUUGAAGGGACAGGAGGAUGAGUCAACCGAGCUACAGGUCGACUACCCUUGGGAACUGCUUUUGGCUACUCUCCUGAUCGUCCUAUCCACCGUGUGUCUGUGGGAAACUUUGCGAGGGAGGAUUCCCGCUAGACAAGUCGAAGGCACAGGCGAGGGACCCAAGGUCAGAGCUGUUUCGGUCUCUAAGGAGAAGCGAUCAAGGCGGCUACAGGAGAGGGUCCAAGCAGCAAUCGCGAGCGCCGUAAGCGAAACCAGUCCUUCCGGAGCCAGCGACGCCGGGGGAGGAACAAGGCGAGGCAGGAACAAGUGCCCGUUAGAGCAGCAGGCGAGUGAGCGCCUGCCGUCAAGUCCUCUGAUUCAGGCUGGAGUGGUGCAUGUUCACAACCCAGCAGACCCCAGAACGGACGCUAAUGCAACCCAAUAUGCCUACCACGAGGAGCGUCCAAGCUCUUCCACUGCCGUUCCAGUGGGAAUCCCAUAUCCACCUCCAGGCAUCACUGCUCAAUUGCCGCCUGAAGCCUACCGCGCAGCGAACCACAGUCCGCCAGGGACCGGUCAGGGAGUGCGCACGGAAGGUACACAGCCGGCGUCGAGUCAUGCAGCGUUGCCCCAGUGCCGGACGGCGAUCAAGAGCAGAGGUGCGAGAGACAAGCACUCGGGGCAGGAGGAGGGCUCCAAGACCACACCGGAGCAGGACGAAGCGGAUGCUUUGCUCAAGGCCCGCGGGAUCCACCUGACUCUCCAGAUAGCGGGCCAGAUGCCUUCGGAGGGUGUGCCGUGGUCUGGUCUUCCCACAGCAGGGCAUUCCACAGCCAUUUUCGACGUAUUCAGCAAGCCGUGGGCGGACACGAUUAUUCGCAUAGCGCUCUUACUUGCUUGGAUCUCUGUGCACGUUGGUUUUGCUUCGUAUGCACCCUUCGGAGCGCUCCCACAAGCUGUCUUUGCAGAGCAGAUGCCUCAUCAGGCCGUUCGUUUACUGUGGAGUGGAUGUGCAACCGGCCCUCCCAGUGGUCGUGGCCUCAAGACUCACGGCGCCUUUGUGCUGUGGUGGGCGGGCGUGGCGGCCCUGAAGAAAGACUUCGUUUCGCUGAGCAGGUACUGUGCCUCAUCAGACCCAGGGCAGAUGGCGGAGGAUCCUUUGGAGCAGGGUGGGGCGCUUCCACCACGGGCUCACAAGUCAUGGUUGUAUCCGAAACCAAUCCUCCGGCAUGAUCAUUAUUGCCGAUGGCUUCACAAUGUCAUCGGCCUCAGAAACCAUCGUGCCUUUAUUGCGAUGCUGGUGAGUUUGGCCAUGCUCGUCAUGGCAGGCUUGCUGGCCGACGCCUGGUUUCUCUUCAGCAUGCUGCACAAGGGCAUCCGAGCCUGGCCGAUCGAGGCACUGUGUCUGCUGCAUGUGGGCUUCUCUUUGCUCUUCCUGCGGCUGGAGUUGCAAAUCCUUCGGAUCCAGGUGGGCCUCGUGUCCAGGAACGAGCUGAACUCGGAGUGGAAGGAAGAUUUCUUCUGGACUGCUCCGAGUGGUGUGCCAGCCAAGGAGCUGGAUGUCGAAGAGUGCAAUGAACUCUUGGACGUAGAGGCUCUGGUCUACGAUGCAUCGAGGAACGAAUUCGACAACGGGUGCCUCAACAACUGCUGGGUUUUCUGGUGCCGCUCGCGCUCCGAGACUUCUGGCGACUGGUGA